AUUUCGUCAUUAGCAGGAAAAGAGGCGGAUGUUGGCGGAUUAUUUCAAAGUAUCGGCGCUAAUGUUACUUUUACUGUAAUUCUAGUAUCAACUUUACUUGGUCAAAUAUCAGAUCAACAUAGGCAGUCAAACAAUGUUAACUAGUUUAGCUAUUAGCGCCAAGAUACAUUAAAUUACUGAUAGCAUAAUGCUAACUAGGAAUUACCAACGGAUGCUGUUUCCAUGGUGAUAAAACGUUACGUUUAACGACAGUUUACUGACUAGCUGUUCAUGCUAGCUUCGAGGAGGUAACGGUAAAUUACCGUUAUUAGAUGGUUUUUUUUGAUAGUUAACUAUAUCAACAGCUUGAUUACUAAUGUAAACAGAUAUGUCAUUGAGGUUUCAGCCCUCCAAACCUCACAGUAUUCGGCUUUCCAGGAGAAAUGGCACUUCAGUUUGAAAUUCAAACAAAACGAGCACAAGCAGCGACAGAGAGCCAUGAUGCCUCUCUUCCACGGAGGUUUAAUAGUCUGACCCUGGAUGAACUGAGUGAGGAGCUUGAAAGGCGCACCAAGGAAACCCAGAGGCUUCAAGAAGAGGUGGAAAACGCAACAAAAAUAACCUUGGAGAGGUUUGGCUGCACACAUGGCACCCACAGCUCCCCUGAACAAAGCUGCCACAACCACAGCUUUAAUGACUAUGACUCACCUGGGGAAUCCACUAUCCUUUCAGCCCACCAGCAGGCAAUGACUCAGCCACUGAUCUGUGAUCUGGAUAGUUCAAACCAAGGAGACAUCAGCUUUCCUGGAGAAGAAGUGUUAGAACAUACAAUAGAUGACUGUCUUCAACAGCUGUCUGACUUGCAGCUUAACAAGACACAUGAUCAACCUGAACAAGAGAGUUUUGACACAGCCAUCGGCAACCUGCAGACUAAGUUGCAUGAAGUCCAGAAGGCGAAGGACAACCUGUCUGACCUCAGAUUGAAGGAUUCGAGGACGCACGUUGAUCAGAUGGAAAAGAUGCUGUUCAUGUUGGAGGAGCUCCAAAGCAUCAAAAGGGCUGAGCACCAAAAGCAGGAAACGGACGAUGAGUCGUUGGCACUUAUCAAGAAAAUAGAGACAUUGGAACAAAAUAUAAAGGAAAUGUACUCCCUGCUGUCUCAUGAGGCACAAUGUGGAGACAACGCCAUAACUAGUCAAAAUAUCACAACUUCAAGACAGCAGUCACCAGCUGUUGAGUUACCUGAGGAUUUUAAUACUGAGACAGAUGAGCUACAGGAAGGAUUUUUUUUGUCAUUAAAACAUCUGGGGAGUGAGGAAAGCAGUGGAGAAAAUAAGCAAAAAGAAAGGCAUCUGGGGAGUGAGGAAAGCAGUGGAGAAAAUAAGCAAAAAGAAAGGAUGGAAGACCUGAUUGCAAGUCUUGGCCAGGAGAUGGCGCUGUUGACUGACAAACUGAGCUCAUCAAAAAGCAAUAGUGUCAGCUUAAGUGUCAAGUUGGAGAUGUUAAAAAAACUUGCAGAGAGACAGGCAUCACUGCACCAGUGUCAGGUCAGUGAACUUGAAUCAACCCUCUGCAGCCGUACAGACAAGGUUUGCUGUCUGGAGCAACAGCUCACUCAGGCUCAAUCCCAGCUGGUGGAAGCCGAGAGAGAGAAAGAGCGAGCUUUACAACACGCAGAGGUGCUUCAGUCCCAGCUUGGCCAACUUGAGAGGUGCAGUGAGCAGCAGCGCUUUGAGCUCCAAGAUGAGGCAAAGGUCCUGAGAGGACAGCUGGAGGUGGCCAGGGAGGAGACAACCUGCCUGCAGGCGCUGCUGGAGCAAAGGGCCCAGGAGGGGAGGAGAUCCCAGGAACUCCUGGAGGAGAAAAAUGAAGAACUCCAGCUGAGGCAGCAAGAAGUUCAGCACCAUCUUGCCAGGUUGGAAGAGGCCCAGAGCCGAUGCCAGACCUUGCAUGCAGAAGGAGAAACACUGAGGCGGAAGCUGGAUGUCCAAGAGAAGGUGAUAGAGAGCAGCGUCCAGAUGAGAGUGCAGCAAAGCCAAGCUAUCGAUGACCUUCACCAGGAGAACAGCCUCUUCAGCAACCAGCUAAACCAGCACAAGCUGGAGAGCAAGCAGCUACGGGCUGAGUUAGACCGGCACAAGUCAGAGCUGGCUGCUAUAGAGCAGGAGAAGCAGCAGCUACAGGCCUCUGUGGCUGAUCAAAGUCAGCGUCUCCUUGAAGGAACUCUGGAGAAAAAGCAGCUCACCAUCCAGCUGGAGGUCCAGUGCAUGCAGUUACUCAGCCACACAAAGGAGCACAAGGAGCUGCAACAGCUCCACAGCUGCAUGAAGGAGGAGCACGAGGGCGCGGUGCUGAAGCUUCAGAGUCAGCUGAGGAACGCCCAUGACGAGCUGGACCAGGUCGGGAGCACAUUGAGGGCCCUGGAAGGAGCUGACGGACACGGUCUCCAAGUGGCCAUGAACAUGCAGAAGGAGAUCACUGCCAGGAGAGAGCAGGUCGACUCACUGCAGGUUAAAAUCCAACAUUUAGAGGAAACUACGGACAAACUGUACCAGGAGAAGCGCUACCAGAGCCUGGAGAACCAGCGCCAGCUCCAGGAGCUCACCCUCGUCAGGGAGGAGAAGAGACAACUUGCCAAUGAGCUGGACGCCCUUCGCUCCAAAGAUCAACAGUUGAGGGAGAGGAUCAGCCAUCUGGAGUCAAUCCUUCAUAAGAUGUCAGAGAGCUUUGCAGACUGCCAAGAUUUCAUCCAGCUGCAGGAGCAGGACUUUUUCCGUCUGAAACUCCAGCAUGCCCUGGAUUUGAAGGAGCUCCAAGGUCAAAAUUUGCGCACAGCUCUGAAUGUACCUCCAUCUGACCUGAACUCCCCGUCCCAGUCUGCACUCCCUGCUCCACCUUCUUCCCAGCACGGCUCCAACACCCAGAUCACGCAGGAGAGCCCCGCCCGGGAGCUCAGGUCUCUUGUCAGAGAGCUGCGAGGAGUGAUUUCGGAGAACCGCAGACCACACACAGAUAACAGGAGGAGGUCUGCCCCGGAGAGGGUGCACAGAACCACAUUCAGCACUGACAAGGCAGAGGAAGUAAAAGCCGACUCCAGAUCGAGAAGAAAAACCUGCGGCAGCGAGCCAAAUUUCCCGAAGGCAGCUGAGCUCAACAGGACACUAAUCAACAACAAAUCCUUCAGCCAGAGCCGUGUUAUUUCGAGUCCAGUGCCUGCAGCGAGGUACACUUCCUCCCCACAGCUGCUCUCACUGGGCCGCAGGUCACCCGUCCAUUCUCUCCUGACCUCUGACCCAAACAGCUGACAGUGACACAACACAGCAGACUUAUAGAAAACUCCUUUUUUUCCCCAAAAGACCCAGCCAGAUGAAGUUGUCAAAAAAAAAAAUGUGGACGUUUUUUGUAAUUUAUUGUGUAAAUAAAGUUUUUAAAAUCUGAA